AACCGCCACUGUGUGCGUGCGUGCGUGUAUGUGCGUGUAUGUGUGUGUGUGUGUGUGUUGAGGCGGAAACACUGAGAACCGGACGGACUGUGUAUGACGGCAGGGUGGAAUCAAACCGCCGGAUUUUAAUCUACAAACCGGGUUCAUUGUACACUGCGGUCCAACCGUACAGCGGGGCGACGACCGCUCUUCGUGUGGCCGACUCCGGGUGACUUAAAGCCGGCGUCGCGCUGAGAGAAUAUCCGCUCCCGUCCUCCGGAGCUAACCGCUAACGCUAGCCGCCGAAGCUAGCCCGGAACACGGAGCCAGAGCUAAUCCCUCCGCACAAAGGAACUACUUUCCCCCCGGUGUUCUGGGCCACACCGAGCCGAACCACCGCGUUGAAUGAGGACUGAGCCUCCCGUGCAGGUUGAUCAUGGUGCUGACAGGGAAGCGCUCGGAGAAGGGUCCUGCCUGCUGGAAGAGGAGGGUGAAGUCUGAGUACAUGAGGCUUCGGCAGCUCAAACGCUUCAGACGGGCCGACGAGGUCAAGAGCAUGUUCAACACCAACCGUCAGAAAAUUGUGGAGAGAACUGACAUCCUGAACCAGGAGUGGAAGACCAGGCGAAUCCAGCCGGUUCACAUCAUGACGUCUGUCGGCUCCUUGAGGGGAACCCGAGAGUGCACCGUGGACAGCGGUUUCUCAGAGUUCCCCCGGCAGGUCAUCCCCCUGAAGACUCUGAACGCUGUGGCCUCGGUCCCGGUCAUGUACUCGUGGUCCCCGCUCCAGCAGAACUUCAUGGUGGAAGACGAGACGGUGCUUCAUAACAUCCCCUACAUGGGAGACGAGAUCCUGGACCAGGACGGUACUUUCAUAGAAGAGCUCAUCAAGAACUACGACGGCAAAGUCCACGGAGACAGAGAGUGCGGCUUCAUCAACGACGAGAUUUUCGUGGAGUUGGUCAGCGCUCUGUCGCAGUACAGCGACAACGAGGAUGACGAGGAGGAGGAAGAACAGGACUUCAAGGUAGACAAGAUGGAGUUGUGUGACAGCAAGGAGCAUCCAGAGGAACCGCCGCGCAAGGACGGGCUCAUUAACAACGAGAGCCGAACCAGCAACGACAGCACCAAGAAGUUUCCCUCUGACAAGAUCUUUGAAGCCAUCUCCUCCAUGUUCCCCGACAAGGGCUCCACAGAGGAGCUCAAAGAGAAGUACAAGGAGUUGACGGAGCAGCAGUUGCCGGGCGCGCUGCCCCCUGAAUGCACGCCAAACAUCGACGGUCCGAACGCUCGCUCCGUGCAGCGUGAACAGAGCCUGCACUCCUUCCACACUCUGUUCUGCAGACGCUGCUUCAAAUACGACUGCUUCCUCCACCCUUUCCACGCAACUCCAAACACAUACAAACGCAAGAACCUGGAGAACCUGGUGGACAGUAAACCCUGCGGCAUCGACUGCUACAUGUACCUCGUACAGGACGGGAUGGUGAGCGAGUACCCGGCAGGUGUGGUUGCAGAGCGGGCCAAGACGCCCUCCAAACGUUCGGUGGGGCGCCGCCGCGGACGGCUGCCGAACAGCAACAGCCGACCCAGCACACCCACCGUUUCCUCGGAAACCAAAGACACGGACAGCGACCGCGAGGGCAGCAAAGAAGACGAGCGAGAGAACGACAAAGAUGACGAAGACAAGAAGGACGAGAACACCAGCAGCUCAGAGGGAAACUCGCGGUGUCAGACUCCAGUGAAGAUGAAGCUGACCGGCGAGGCUGAAGCGGUGGACUGGAGCGGGGCCGAAGCCUCUCUGUUCAGGGUGCUCAUUGGAACGUACUACGACAACUUCUGCGCCAUCGCCCGGCUCAUCGGCACCAAGACCUGCAGACAGGUUUACGAGUUCAGGGUCAAGGAGUCGAGCAUCAUCGCUCGGGCUCCCACCGAGGACGAGGACACACCGCCUAGAAAGAAGAAGAGGAAACACAGACUGUGGGCCACUCACUGCAGGAAGAUCCAGCUGAAGAAAGAUGGCUCGUCCAAUCACGUGUAUAACUACCAGCCAUGUGACCACCCGCGGCAGCCCUGUGACUCCUCCUGUCCCUGCGUCACCGCUCAGAACUUCUGCGAGAAGUUCUGCCAGUGCAGCUCUGAGUGUCAGAACCGCUUCCCCGGUUGCCGGUGCAAAGCCCAGUGUAACACCAAGCAGUGUCCCUGCUACCUGGCGGUGCGGGAGUGCGACCCCGACCUCUGCCUGACCUGCGGCGCUGCAGACCACUGGGACAGCAAGAACGUGUCCUGUAAGAACUGCUCCAUUCAGAGAGGAGCCAAGAAGCAUCUGCUGCUGGCCCCCUCCGACGUGGCAGGGUGGGGCAUCUUCAUCAAAGAGCCGGUCCAGAAGAACGAGUUCAUCUCUGAGUACUGUGGAGAGAUUAUCUCUCAGGAUGAAGCAGAUCGCAGAGGGAAAGUCUACGACAAAUACAUGUGCAGCUUCCUCUUCAACCUCAACAACGACUUUGUUGUUGACGCCACGAGGAAAGGCAACAAGAUCCGCUUUGCCAACCAUUCUGUCAACCCCAACUGCUAUGCAAAAGUGAUGAUGGUGAAUGGGGAUCACAGGAUAGGGAUCUUCGCUAAGAGAGCCAUCCAGACCGGAGAGGAACUCUUCUUUGACUACAGGUACAGCCAGGCUGACGCUCUGAAGUACGUCGGGAUCGAGCGGGAGUUGGAGAUCGCCUGACUCGGACUGCUACCUCCUGUGGAUCGACGACACAAAGGCCUUACACUCAAACACAAACACACCUUCACUUCAGGAAAUCCAGACGACUCGUCACAAUGCUAGAAAGCUUCAGGAAAACUGGGAAUAUUUGAAGCAGAAUUUUGAUGCUGUGUUUUUUCUUCUUUUUUUUUUUUUUUGAAUACUUUUCAUAUCUGUCUCAUUUUUCUUCUUGUCAAACAAAUCUUCCUCCUCUGUGGAUGUGGGAGUCUCGGAUUCAUAAAUCUUCCCUCAGCUGAAGGUGCAGACCAACAAACUGACUUUGUUUGUGUGUUUGUUGUUUUUUAAAUAUCCCAAGUGUUUCGACGGCGAGAGGAGACGAACCCAACAACUCGUGUGCUUUUUCAAAAAGCUUCAGGGACCAAAAAUCCUCCACCAGCCGCGUUUUCUCUCCAGUGUGAACUGAAGCAGCCACACACUCCUCAGAGUGCCACUGUCUGUCUGUCUGUCUGUCUGUAACACCGGGGGGAGCGUUCACAAAGCAGCGGCACACCAGACCCAACACAGCUUUGUGCUGUUUGUAGGCUCCCAGUGAGAAUGUGGAGAACAGGGUUGAUCCGUUUCCUGGCAACAGGUUUGGUGAUUGAUUCAAACAUUCUCCGUAUUUUACGGUUUUCCUGUCGUAUAUCGUUAUAAACUGAAUGUUUUUAGGUUUUGGGCUGUUGUUUAGACAAUAUUUGAAUCAGUGUUACUGAAACUUAUUUAAGGAAAAGUUUGUGUAUUAAAAUGUUGAAAACCAAACUUUGGCUUCAGAUGUCCGACCAACAGUCCAAAACCAGAAUCUGUCAGUUUCCACUGAUAUAAAACAGAAAAUCUUCAGAUUGAAGAACAACAGAAUGUUUUGGGGCAUUUUUGUCCAAUAAUUGAUUGUUUAGGUCAGAAGUCUCUACAGAAGGUUUGUUCCUCCUUCCUGGAGGUUCUCAGAGUUACGUUUGAGAGCUGAUUGCUUUCCUUUUAUCGGUUUCAAAAACAUUCAAUUGGAAAAUAAAGUUAUUAAAAGCUUAAAAAUUAGGUGAAGAAGAAGAACAGGGAAUUAGAAGCCAAAGAGAAAAAUAUCACAUUUGAGAAGAACCAGCAAAUUUCUGAUCAAUCAAUAAAGUUCCAGUCAGGCUGACCAGCAGUCAUCAGAGAGCUGAACCAGGGUUCUGGUUCUGGUUCUGGAGCCGACUCUGCUUUGUGCCGCUGCCUCUGCUUCAGGUGCUAAUGUGAACCAGCACUAGUUCACCACCGCAGGAGACUCUUCGUCUGCUCGUGUUCUUCAGUUUCCUGUUGUGAACCAUGUGCUGCUCUCUUUUACCAAACUCAACCAAAACCACACACUCAUGUCCCCCCCCACCGCUCCACUACCCCCCCCCAGUUCUCCCAGCAGCACCGUGCUCCACUCGCACUCACCCAGUCCGCUCUCUGCUCCCUCCUCGCUCCCAGUCUGGUUCUGAUCCGGCUGAUUUGUUCAGAUUGAGGACAAACGAUUCUUUAAUGAGACAAAAAUCUACUAGAUAGAUUUUCUUUUAGAUUCUUUUUUAAUAGAAAGCUUUUUAUAUUUCUGCUGUCGGCUAGAAACUGCAGAACAACCAAUAUUUCCUUUUCUUUAUCAGAACCAGAACUCUUUGAGCCUCGGUACCUCGAUUCAUUCAACAUCUAAAUAAAUCUUUACAUUCCUUCGAUCUUCAUCCCCGACAGCUGAACUCAGAUCAGUAUAUUACAGUAUUGUGUCCCCAGAGCGCCGCCAUCGGUUCAUCAACUCCUCGUUAAACAGUGUGCGCGGACAGAGACUUGAGUACGAGUCGAGCAGAGUGCAUGCUGGGAGUGCGUUCCUAAGAUGUGUCCCGCUCUCUGCUGUGCCUUGAGUGCUGAACAGAACCUUCAGUCUGUCUGCAGAUCAGCAACGUGUCUGUGGACUCUCUGCAUGAUGAAGUUUAACCCCCUCUCCUCCUCCUCCUCCUCCUCUCGUCCGUCUGGUGCUCCCUUCAGAGCGACUGUACUGCCUCCUCCAACGUGAAGUCCAAUCAGUAUCAUAUAAUCUGAAUCAUGUUCCUCUAGUUAAAUUCGCCUUUUUAAUCAACAGUCACAUUCUGACUCUCGUUCUGUUCUGAUGUGAAUCCUGGUGCUUCAGAAACGAACCACAGACGGUCUCGACUCCGAGCAAUACCACCCUCUCUGUUUGUUUCUGCUCCUCCUGCCGAGGAGACGUUUCCUGUUGGAGCUCCGCCUUCUCGCUUUCCGCCUGUAAUUUAUUACACGCUUUCAGAGGGACGUCUCAGCUGCUGUGAUGUCUGUAGUUGACGGAUGAAAGACUUCAGGGGGGCUCUGAAAACCCGGUGCUUCUCUCGCGGGGUUCCUACACAUACAUUUCCCCCCCGCCCCCCACUGUGAGUUUUCCAGCUCGGGAAAUGUUUUCACUGAUGAGACGUUGGUUCAGUGUUCUGACUACGAUCUGCUGAACUGUGUAGGAACCCUUCACGGACUUUAACUGCUGAUUCAGACGAGCCUUCCCCAUGUUAGUGAUUUCCUCUCAGUGUUGAUGCAUUCAAAGACCACGUAAACCAGAGACUCUGAACCAUCGCUGACUCUUACAGCAGCUGUUUUCAUUGAAACCGGCUCCUGUGUGGAGUUUGAGAGUCUGAGGCUGAUUGGAGGGCUGGGUAACGGGAACAUGAGAGCCAAUCAGAAACCAAACGGACCUCCUGAAGUAAAAGCUUUCUGAAAGAUCAGUUAAUGUGAGUUUUAAGUCCAAAUAUGACACUUGGAUUCUAAUUGGAGUAGAAACGUUGGCUCAGAGUUACCCAGCCCCGGCUGAAGUCUCAACUGCAGGUUAUUUAUCGUUUCAGACGUCCGCCUGCGUUCACUUUUCAUUCUUAUCAAACCAGGACCACUUUUUUCCUCCGAUGACACAGGUGCUGAUUUUGUAAUGUUUACAGGGAUUUUGUUGUUCAAAGUGAUGCAGAUUAAAAUAUUAUAAAUGGUG